AUGUCCGCUUGGACUUGGACUCCUGCAUGCUUUCGCCGACAGUUCUCCAGACUCCGUGGUCCAUCUCCCCACUCGAAAUCGCGGAGCAGGCUCUCCUGCCUCAUUCUCGCCAUCGCUGGUGUCGCCAUUAGUCUCCUCUACCUGUUCUAUGUCUUCGCUGUUCCGCAACUGCUCCGCUUCCGAUUUCGACUCGAUUUAAGCCCGUAUGAUCUGGGAUUCUACGGCUUCGGUCCUUCGCGAAGCUACGUAUCUUUCGAGUAUGAGUCUCCCAUGGUAGAAAUCACAGAGUGGGGUUCCGGAUGCGAUUCGCGAUACACAUUCCUUGCUCCUCGCGGUGACUCGGUGGCUCACCCUGGGCCCGUCAUUCUGGAUGCUGAUGGGGAAUUGGUGUGGAUGAAGUAUAAUUGGGACACAACGCAGGACUUUAAAGUACAGCAAUACAAUGGUGCAGAUUACUUGACAUACUGGGAAGGGACUGAAGUGGAAAGUCGUGGCUUCGGUUCAUGGUACAUGCUCGAUUCGACCUACACCCAGAAAUACCAGAUGUCCCCCGUUGGCAACUUCGGGGGCGGCGAUUUGCACGAAUUCCACAUCACAGAGCAGGGGACAGUGCUUGUUACUGUCUACGACCCUGUUCCCGCGGAUUUGACUUCCAUAGGAGGAUCCGAGCUCGGCUGGAUCCUUGAUGGGAUUUUCCAAGAGAUCGAUAUCGAAACGGGCGAACUGCUUUUCGAAUGGCGCGCGUCUAAGCAUUACCCCGUCAACAGUACCUAUGAGGCGCUGAACGGUGCGGGGAAGGAUAGGAAUAACGCGUUCGAUUUCUUUCACAUAAACAGUGUCGACAAAGAUGAGCGGGGAAACUAUAUUGUCUCCGCGAGACAUCUCCAUUCCGUCAGCUACAUCGACCACGCCACUGGAGACGUAUUGUGGACUCUCGGCGGGAAGUUGAACGAAUUUACGGACUUGUCUGACGGACAGGCGACGAAUUUCGCCUGGCAGCACGAUGCCCGGUGGCACGCCAACAACACGAUAACACUAUUUGACAACGCAGCGCAUUCAAACAGCGAUCCCGACAGUGAAAGUCGCGGCAUGGUCGUCCAACUCGAUAUCUCCGGCCAUACUGCCGAACUGCUCGCCGCGUACUAUCAUCCUCAACAGAUGAGGUCUGUAUCGCAAGGCAACGUCCAGAUUUUGGAUGAAAGUGGUCGGGCGCUGGUGGGCUGGGGCCACAGCGCAGCCUUUACGGAGUACACCGCCGAUGGAGACUUGCUCUGCGACGUCCACUUUGGAGCGUCGGCGUUCUUCUCUUUCGGUCGGGUCGUGUCUUAUCGUGCGUCCAAGGGUACCUGGGUAGGCCGGCCACUGACGAUCCCCGACGCGGCGGUCAUGGGAAACCACGUGUACGUGAGCUGGAACGGCGCAACGGAGGUGGUAGCCUGGCGGCUGGAAGUCUGGGACGCCCGUGCUGUUGAGGAUAGCACGUUUGACGUGUUCGCUCAAUUCGCGAAGACCGGGUUUGAGACGGAGAUUGAGAUUCCCGAGGAGCUGGGCAGUCCGCUUUUCCGCCUGGCGGCUAUGGAUGCCGAGGGUAAUGUGCUGGGGUACACUGAAGUGCUUCAGAAGGAGCAAGGUGUCGAUGUGGAUGAACUUCUUGACCUGCAUAACUGGAUCGUGGCCGCUGCUUUCAUUGUUAGUGUCGGAGGUCUGGUACUCGGUCUGUAUCAGUGUUGCGGCUGUUGUCGGAUCCUUUCCCGAUGCCGUCGUCGUCAGAAUGAGUAUCAGCUGGUAGCUUUUGGUGACAACGAGGAGAGCGAGUCCGUUUGA